AUGCUGAACACCAAAACGUUGUACGAUAAGGGUGUCGUCCUUAAUCGCAAAAUGUUGACCCAAUCACAGUUCUCACAAAUCAAAUUUUCCGCCAUUCUCAACAACUUUACCAUGUUCUACAAUGUCGCGAAAGCUAUCAGUUUUGUCGAUUAUGCAACAGUUCAAUUGACCACUGAUGGCGUUAAAAUUAUUGUCGAGGAUGCGAAAAGCAUCCAAGCUACCGCCUAUAUCACGAAAGGCUGCUUCUCGGAAUAUAAAAUAGCACAAUCUAAGCGCAAGCUGGGCGCCAACGGUGACACCGAAGAGGACGAACCAUCCACAUCACUCGGAUUGAAUUUGAAGGUGUUCACCGAUUGUUUGAGUAUGUUUAUUGGAGGCGAUUAUGACUCUACUUUGAAGAUGCUGCAUAAAGGAGAAGGGGCUCCGCUGAUGGCCAUUCUAGAGCAGCACGGGCAAGAAAAUUUAAUAACGGAAUGCUCGGUAAAGACAAUGGAACCACAGGACAUAAUGGAAUUCGAUUUGGAGGAUGAACAAAUAUGUACCAAAGUCAGCGUCAAAGGUCCGGAACUUUUUGCUCUCCUCAGCGAGGUGGAUAGAAAUUGUGAGGAAAUUGAAAUACUGCUAUCACCAGACGAUCCACACAUUCAAAUUUCAACGUAUGGCGAGCUUCAUUCCGAGUCAAAUAUCGAAAUUACAAGCAGCAGCGAUAUGCUAAUAUCAUUUCAUAGCACAACUAAAACGAGUAACCGAUAUGCGUUUGCUCAUUUCAAGUUGAUCAUGAAAACGCUUACCUAUGCCUCGAAAAUAGCUCUUCGCACCAACAAGGACGGACUGCUGGGAUUGCAGGUAAUGAUAGAGAAUUCCGAUGAUUCCAACAUAUUCGUGGAGUAUUUUAUCAUGCCGCUGUGCGACGGAGACAACACAGCGCAAUCAGAUAUGCAAAUAACGGUUUGAACACGUGAAAGCUAUGGGUGGUUACCAUUACAUGUUUUUGUAUUCACCAUAAAUGUUUUCGCGCAUAUAUUCAAAUCACACUAAAAAUCUUGCUCUCAGUUCAUUAAAA